CUGUAGGCUUAGCUAGCAUGCACGGACAACUCAAAUAAAUGGCUCGUUUUAAAGGGAUUUUUUGUCAGCGUUUGCUGUUUGCAGUAUUUCUUCUGCCAAUCACAGGUGUGUUUUGUUUCAGUGAGUUAUUCUUUGUUAAGGAGCCUCGCGAUGUGACAGUCUUGCGUAAGGAUGCGGUGAUAUUGGACUGCCAGGCUCAGGGGGAGGUACCUGUUCAUAUCCGUUGGCUGAAAAACGGAUCUCCCCUGCCAGAGACGGACCGUGUCUACCCGCUUGCCAAUGGAUCGCUCUUUGUCUCAGAGGCGGAGAAUCGAAGAGGAGAGAAAUCAGACGAAGGGUCGUAUCAGUGCCUUGCUCAGAACAAAUAUGGAGCUAUCCUGAGCCAGAAAGCUCGCCUGACUAUUGCAAGCAUUUCCACAUUCACCCAGCAGCCUUCCUCUAUUGUGGUGACGGAGGGUUCUGUUGCACGCUUCACCUGCAAAAUCAGCGCCACACCCCCACCAAUCAUCACCUGGGAAUUUAACAGAGUCACCUUACCGUUGGCCACUGACAGAAUCACAGUGCUGCCCAGCGGAGUGUUGCAGAUUCAGGGAGUAGACCAAAAGGAUGCUGGGAAUUAUCGUUGUGUGGCAGCAAAUAUUGCCAACCGUCGCAGGAGUGUGGAAGCAACAUUGACUGUUACGCCAGCUCCAUCUUUCAGAAUUCCUCAGCGGCCUCACAUCAUCGCUGGGCCACAGAACAUCACAGUGUCGACGCAUGGCAGCGCACUUCUGGAAUGUGUGGCGGUGGGAAACCCUCGGCCACUGAUCUCUUGGAGUCGUGCUGAUCACAAACCCAUAGAUGUUUAUAACACAAAAGUGCUCGGCAACGGCAACCUGCUCAUCUCUGACGUCAAGCGGCAGCACGCUGGGGUGUACGUUUGCCGAGCAACAACACCCGGCACAAGAAACUACACCGUCGCAGCCGCUAAUGUAACUGUGCUUGCACCCCCGUCUCUGGUGGAAUGGCCUGAAAGUUUGACCCGACCACGUGCCGGCACUGGACGCUUUGUGUGUCAGGCUGAGGGGGUGCCGACCCCUCACAUCACCUGGCUCAAGAAUGGAGAACCUGUCCACGCUAAUGGCCGCAUCAAGAUGUACAACAGUAAACUGGUAAUAAACCAGAUUAUUCCUGAGGAUGAUGCGAUUUACCAAUGCCAGGCAGAGAACAAUCAGGGCUCAGUUCUGUCCACGGCUCGUCUGAUUGUGGUGAUGUCAGAGGACCGGCCCAGCGCCCCCCGGAAUAUCCGUGCUGACACCGUGUCCAGCUCAGCCAUCUUGCUGGCCUGGGAGAGACCCCUCUACAACGCGGACAAAGUCAUCGCCUACUCCAUCCACUACAUGAAGGCAGAAGGUCUGAACAACGAAGAGUACCAAGUUGUCAUUGGCAACGACACCACUCGUUACAUCAUUGAUGACCUGGAGCCUGCAUGGAACUACACGUUCUACGUGGUGGCGUACAUGCCUAUGGGUGCCAGCCGCAUGUCUGACCACAUCAUACAGCACACACUUGAAGAUGUUCCCGUGCGUGCUCCUGAGUUAUCUCUCACCAGCCGCAGUCCCACAGACAUCCAGGUGUCGUGGCUGCCGCUCUCACAUAAACUUAGCCGUGGUCGUAUCUCUGCGUACCGUCUGUGGUACCGGCCCAGCUCUGACGGAGCCACAACCCAGCUGGAGCUGCCUGGGGACCAAACCAAGCGCCUGCUGGAGGGCCUGCAGCCAGAUACAGUCUAUCUUCUGCGGAUCGCAGCCGCCACCAGUGUGGGUUGGUGUGAGCCAUCUGCAUGGACCUCACACCGGACCCCCAAAGCCUCCAGUGGGGAAGUUCCUCUGGCGCCAGAGCUGCAGUUGGAGCCUCUGAACUGUACAACUGUUAUUGUGCGCUGGCGUCUGGCUGUGGGCAGUUCUGUGGCCGGCCUGCAAGGAUACAGACUCUUCUACCAUGAGGAGAGCCAGCCUGAGAGUGCCCCCAUCCAGCUGCCCCCCCACCUCAACCAACACACUGUCGGAGGCUUGGAUCCCAGGAAGAAAUACCACGUCAAGCUCCUGGCCUUUAACUUCAUAGGGGAGGGUUACCAGGCUGACCGGACCAUCAGUACUCCAGGAUGUGUCUCGGUACGUGAUCGUUUGGUGCCCCCACCUCCUCCUCCCCACCACGUGUACGCACGGACAAACAGUUCCUCCUCCGUCUUCCUGCACUGGGCUCGACCCGCCUUCACCGGCGGCCAAACUGUCAACUACACGGUCCGCUGUAACCCGGUCGGCCUCCAGAACGCCUCGCUGGUGCUCUACCUACAGACGGGGGAUCAGAGUCUGCUUGUGAAGGACCUGGAGGCGAAUACUCGGUAUGAGUUUGCUGUGCGGUUGCAUGUAGACCAGCUUACAAGCCCCUGGAGCCCUGUGGUGUAUCAGAGCACUCUGCCAGAUGCUCCGUCUCUGCCCCCGGCGGGAGUUAAAGUCACUCUGAUUGAAGGAGACACGGCACUGGUGUCAUGGAAACCACCUAAUGAGCCCAGUGUUGCUGUGACACGUUACACCAUCCUGUAUGCAUCACGCAAAGCGUGGGUUGCUGGCGAGUGGCAGAUCCUUCAGAGAGAAGGGAGCAUCACCAUGGCUCUACUGGAGAAUCUGCAGCCUGGCAAUGUGUAUUUGGUGAAAGUAUCCGCCUCUAAUCAAAUGGGAGAUGGGCCUUUCUCACCUGCUGUAGAACUCACUGUUAGUUCCGAUGGCCGAACUUCUGGACACGCCUCUCACUCUCAUGGGUCCACCCAUGCCACUGUGUUUUCUGAUGGCUUUUACCAUCUGGACCAGCGGUCAGUGACGGGUAUUGUCGUAGGUGUGUGUAUUGCAUUCACGUGCAUCAUCAUCUGCGCUCUCAUCCUGGUGUGCCGAGGCAAAGCCAGGAAGUCAUGUACCAGCAAAGUCAUAAGGCAGGGAAGUCAAGGCCCACCAACUGCUACGCUCCGAGCCAAUGAAAAUCAAGCUGAGAAUGCUGAUGUCAUGGUGCCCAUGAUGAGAGAGCAUUUCAUUGAUGCAAAGGGUGGGACAGAUCUGAUCAUAAACAGUUACGGCCCCGUCAGACCCACAGCUGAGACGAAGAAGGAACAGAGAUGGAAUUUAUUUCGGAAAGAAAACAAGCAGGUAAAGAAGGUCCCUGGAACGUCUUCCAUGUAUCAGCCAGGCACCACUCUGCUGCGCUACUCUGACGAGUCACCUGGAGCAACAUCGCUACAGCAGCCGUCUUCCCUCCACGCCCUGCUGGGACCACAAGGGGGCGACUCAGAGGGCUCCCACUCCAGCGAAGGCAGCCACGAGACUGGAGACUCAGGACGCUACUCACACGACGAGACAGAGAUGACCAACCUGUCGUCGAGCGCGAGCAGUCGUCCCGCGUCCCUCAGCAAAGAGGAAAGUGGGGGUUCAGAGGGAAGUCCAGAUCAGGAGCGUGAGCCAUACCUCGCUGUUGAGCUAGAGGAGAUUACAUCGCCAUCUGCUGGCCUGGAGGAAGUGCGCGGUGAUGAAGCUUUUGUAGCUGUACUUUCCCUCUAG